AUGCAUCUACGUCCCGAUCAUGCAGUCCGAGACCUCCCAACCCUCCACGCCUUCAUCAAACAACACCCACUAGGCGUGCUCACCACUUCCCUCCCCUCGGAGAAUCAUCCGACCCUCCAAUGCAGCCACAUCCCCUGGGUGUUGGACAGUGAAACAACACUGGAAGACGAGCUAGCAACGAAAGCAAAACUAGCCGACGACAACACCCCGGCAGCGCCACGUGCCCCCCUGGGGGUCCUCCGCGGCCACAUUGCGCGCCAAAACCCGCAAAGCAAAGCAAUUGUAGAAUCUGCCUCGGAAUACAGCACCAAAACAAUCAGUCUCCCGGGCGCGUUUCCUAUAACAAGUUCUGAAGAAGAACCAGCCACAUCUACAGGCCAUACACUCCCCGGUGAAGUCCUGAUCGUUUUCACUAGCCCAGUAGACCACUAUAUCACGCCGAACUUCUAUACAGAGUCUAAACCCGCUACGGGAAGGGUUGCUCCGACGUGGAAUUACGCCGCGGUGCAGGUUUACGGUCGGGCGACUAUCUACCAUGACUCGAAGGACGGGCAAACAGAGCUGUUUUUACGACAACAGCUGGGUGAUCUAGCUCGGUUGGGAGAGGAAGGAGUAAUGGGCUUUCCAGAUGAAUCUGCGUUGGGUUCGGGGUCUGAUGACAAACAUGGGGAUGGGGAUGGAAAGCCACACCAAAACAAAGACCAGAACCAUAGCCUAGAUCGGGAGUUGGAGCUGAAUCAGGGGGUGAAGACGGCGAGAACCGGGGCUAGCGGGGAUGGCAACGGCACGGCAUUGCCGAAAUUGACGCCGGCACCUUGGAAAAUGGCAGAUGCGCCAUUAGAGUACAUUGUGGCGCUUUUGAAGAAUAUUGUCGGGAUGAGGAUUGAAAUUACGCGGAUUGAGGGCCGUUUUAAGGUUAGUCAGGAACGGCCGGUUAAUGAUCGUGGUGGUGUUGUUCAGGGGUUGGAGAGGAUGGGUGGGAGGGCGAGGGAUAUGGCGGAGUUUGUGAGGAGGGGAAAGGUUUUGCCAUAA